AUGCUCACAGGUUUCAGUGUAUCUGUGUUUUCUACUACAUCCAAGACUGUGAUACUCAGAUGGACCAGGAUUACCGGAGCAACCUCGUAUAAGAUCAAUGUUGCUCUUAAAAGUGCACCAGACAGCCCCUUUGCCUUUGUCACCUUUGGUCCCGACAUAGUGAUGGGCUCUGUCUCCUCUCUGUCCUCAAAUGUCAUGUACAUCUUCACUCUCGAGGCUUUGAAUGACUCCCAAGAUGCACUGAGCACCGCAUCUACUGAAUCGUCGACAGCUCUUGACCCAAUGGAUCCCAUCCAGGUCGUGAAGCCACAAGACAGCAGGACCCUGAUAGUGGAGUUUAACCCGAACCCCCUGGCAAGUCAUUACAUCAUUCGCAUCCAGGACACCAACGGUCUAUUCAGAGAGGACACAGUGUCCUCCUCCCCAGCCCAGAUCGCUUCUCUCACACCCUACACCGAGUACUUUCUCAGCGUCUUGGCCGUGAACAACGCAGGCCGCAGCCAACCAUCUCCAUCUGUGACUGUAAAGACAGUUCUGCCUCCUCUUGAGCUUUCCACUUCGUCGCCCAGCAACAACAGCAUAGUUGUGUCCUGGGCUGCUGUUCCUCAUGCUGUCCAGUACACCCUGUCUGUGCACAAGUUUCAGUCAGCCACUAAGAUGGAGCACAACACCUCUGACACCAGCUUCACCAUCUCCGGCCUGGAGGCCGGCGCUCUUUACUUCAUCAAGGGUUAUGCUUGGGAUGCCGAGGGCCGAGAGGGAGAAAACAGCGUGUACAGAAACCAAACGACACGACCUCCCACGCCGUUCUCGGUCAAUGUCUCUCUGGAGAGGGUCAAUGGUGUGGCAUCGCUCUCUGUGACCUGGGAAAUGGACCCGGACGUUUAUGGGCCUACUGAGUUCUAUGUGAGCAGUGACCAGAGCCUGACCUGUAACACCACGUCCAGCAGCUCCUGCAAACUGUCUGCUGUGGGCUGUGGAGAGGUCCACACCAUCCAGGUGACGGCCUCAAACCGGGCCGGGCCCAGCUACCCCUCCAGUCCUGUGGUCUUCAUCACCUUCCCCUGCCCCCCAGAGUCUUUGGCUCUUGUGGAGACGUCAGAGGAAAACUGCACCUUGACGUGGGACACCAUGCCUCAUGCUGAAAGCUACGUGGCUUUCAUCAAGGCAGGAGAUGGCAGCGAGAUGAGCUGCAACACCACCAACAGCAACUGCACCUACCACUGCCAGUGCGGCUUCAUGUACCUGAUGUCUGUGCUGGCCUUCAACCCGGCCGGCAGCAGUCCUCAGGGAGAGGUUCUCAAUCACACCACAUUGCCCUGUUGUCCAGAGGACGUCUCUGUCUCUGCGGUCAGCACCGACACUCUGGAGAUCACGUGGGCAGCCUCGAGAGGGGCAGAGCUGUAUGAGACCAGCGCUGCAGACAGUUCAGAGGUCGUCCUCUGUAAUGACACUGCACCGGUGUGUGCCCUGUCUGACCUCAGCUGUGACAGCACCUACAGCGUGAAGGUGACACCCUGCAACGAAUUCAGUGGAUGUAACCGUGCAUGCAGAGCACAUACCAAAGACACGGCUCCAUGUAUGCCAACGAAUCUGAUGCUGAAUGUGAAAAACUCCUCCUGCGUCAGUGUCAGCUGGACAUCAACCAACCGGGCCGCCACUUACUCAGUGAGCGCAGACGCAGGCGACGUCAAACACACUUACACCACCAGUGAGGAAAGUUUGGAGCUCACCGACCUCCCGUGCGGCUCCACCUACGAAGUCAGCGUCACGGCAUUGACUGCCGCUGGCCACAGUUUGCCCAGUUACUCUGACUCCAUUGAAACAGAACCCUGCUGCCCUGGUAAUCUGGCCGUCCAUCAGGUCACUCAGGCGAUGACCAACGUCUCGUGGUCUCACGCCAAAGGAGCGCACUCAUUCAUCGUAUCUCUGACGUCGCCUCGGGGUCACGCCCGCUGCCACACCCAGGACUCCCACUGCCUCAUGGGAUGCAUCACCUGUGGCACCAGCUACACAGUCACCAUGGAGGCCUUCAGCCACAGCGGGCGGAUGACCGUCUGCACCGAACAGGGCUUCUCAUCCAGUGCCUGCUGUCCAUCGGGUGUAAAGCUGCUCAGGAUGGCUGAUAACUCCCUGCGGGCCUACUGGCGCAGCACGGGCAGCGGCCACAGCACCAUCACAGAGAUGGUGGGCAGCAGUAACAACUACACCUGCACCGCUUCCCCGGGGAACAACCAGUGUAAUAUUGACAACAUCCAGUGUGGGACUGUCUACCACGUCAUGGUGGCUCCACUCACAGCAGAUGGCAGCAAAGUUCAGUACUGCGGUCAGCGGCUGUAUUCAGUCACUUGUUCAGGAAGCAACAUUGGCGCAGUGAUUUACAGAGGAAAGAGAAGUGUGGACUAGCAGACGAUUCAUCAGACCUUCUGCAUCACCCCUCCCCAAUGGAAAGAAACCAUUUCAUUGAAUAAACAUUAGAACUGUUAAACAAACUCAGAUGUAAUAAGCAGCCAUGGCACACAUGUUAAUAAUUAGGACUAAAUGUUUGAAAAAUCAUUGAUGUUUGCCUGUCAAAUGGAUUGUGAUCACUGUGAGCUCAAUAUCCACA